AUGGCCCCACUCUGUGGACUUUUGGAACAGAGGAGAAACAAGAAUUUCGGGCUAGCGGGAUUCUCGGUAAAUAGCGCAAUUCAAUUUAUCAACGAGUGCCAGCUGCGGAGGCACAGAGUUGCAAGGACGUUGUUGCCUCAACUGAAGCGCAAAGUGUCGUCGUUCAAAGCAGUCACCGGCUGUCAGUACCGAGUCACAUCGGAUUCGGGUAAAUCAGUGAAGGUCUACGUUACCUCAGCGAGUGGAACCAAAUGUGUGACGGUUACCAAUGGGAGCACAUCAGAAACUCUGUGCCCGUCAGGGACAAGUAAUCAGUUUACAUCCAAGGAACCAAUUGAGAUUAGCGCGGAGGCGGAAGCUACAACCGGAGCAAGUACAGCGGAAACAACAACAUCUACAAUCGAACCAGGAGGGGAUUCGGCAGGACCCAAUCCAGAUGGAUCGGCGGAAGGCAGAAAGGAAGGAGGAAAGUCCGAAUCCGGCAAAAAGCAACAAACGGAUCGUGAAGGAGAAGCAAAGAAGCCACAAGUAAUAGAGAAACAACCGGAUAAUACGGAAGGAGAUGUGAAGGAACAAUCACCCGCUAGUCCACAACAGGCAUUGCAAGGCCCAAACGUGCCAGGGGGAAUUGUUCCAGUUCGUAGUAAACUAAUUCGACGUUCCAGAGAUACCUCCAAUACUGAUGUAAUAGUGUACUAUGUGUUGGGAGGGGAUAAAAAUGACACAAAAACAGUUAAACCCGGUGAUAACGUAGAAAACGGCAAGCCAGAAAAAGAGGGGAAUGAAAUUCCAGAUCCGCAACAGAAAGAAAAACAAUCGGGUGAUCCGGACAGAGCGCCGGAAAAGGAAGCACCCGAAAGUCACAAACAAGCAGCACCAGCCCCUGAGGUACAAGAAAAGAACGUUCCAGAUGCUAGUGCACUACUUCGACGUGCCAGAGAUAUCUCCGAUACCGAUGUUACGGUUUACUACGUAUUAGCUUGGCGUACCAAUCAGGCCAAUCCUGUCCAUGACGAACUCACCACAGCACAAAAUGGCCAAAUGGCUGGUCAAGGUGGAAAUGCGUACAGGCAAAUUGAUGGUGUCGCUAUGGGAAGCCCGUUAGGCCCUGUUCUGGCAGACCUGUUUAUGGCACAUCUCGUACAGAAGGCAAAUAACAUUCUAGAACGUGCAAUCCUGUACAAACGAUACGUCGACGACACCCUUGUGAUAACAGAAAGCCUAGAAGAAGCUGCAACGACAAGUGGAACAAAAUGUGUGACAGUUACCAGUGGGGACACAUCAGAAACUCUGUGCCCAUCAGGUACAAACUCUCAGUUUACAUCCCAAGAACCAGUUGAAGUGAGUGCAGAGUUGAGGACCACAACUACUGCUGCGACCCCAACAGAAGCAAGUACAACGGAAACAACGACAAUUACGACCAAACCAGUCAAGGAACCGGCAAAAUCAAAUCCAGAGGUAUCGGAGAAGGAUAAAAAGAAGGACGUGGAAUCUGAUGGAGAGGAGAAGCAACUUCCUGAGUCUGGGGUGAUGGAAAAGCAGCGACCAGAGAAUUCGAACGAACUGGUUGAUAAGCAACCACCCGCUGUUCCUCAGCAGGUAUCACCUGGGAAAAGCAUUCAAGAAGGAAGUGCUCCGGGUUCCAAACAACUGCUUCGACGUACCAGAGAUACCUCCAGUACCGAUGUAGUAGUGUACUACGUAUUGGACUCAGAUUAA